UUGUAAAAGAAAAGAAAAAAAUUAAGAAACUUUUUUCAUUUGUUCUUUAUCUGACAUUUUGCAUAGAAAUUUGAAUGAAAAUUAAUUUUGAAGUAAAAUUGUAGCACAGACUGUAGAAAAGGCGACACUCUCUGAAUACGUCCUUCAUGCUCUGCAUUUCUGCUCAACAUUGCUAAAAAUAUCUUGGAUAAAGCAGAUGGUUAUUGUUUGUCUGUAGUCAAUGUACCCAUCCUCAUUAAUCCCUCCCAGUUGUUAAAAAAACACCACACCUUCUGACUCCACAACAACUGGUCUCAGUGGUCUCAGUCUGGACACAUAACGUAGUUAGAAUUAUGAUGCGUUAGUGUUAGCCUGGCCUGGAGCAAAGAGCCUGCUCUGUUUUGCAGUGAUUGAGGGUGAAAGCUUACAGUCUACCCCUCAAUCUAAACGUGAUUGUUGCACCCAACAUCAUAUUUAAUUAAACAUUAAAUCUGACUUUUCCAUCACAGCAUAAUGAUGUACAUCAUGUCAACUUUUGAUUUGUCAUGCUAGCAUAUGGCUGCAAAAACAGGGGCGCAAGGCAGGUGUUUACAUGGCCUUUAACACUAAAAGCUGGGCAAUCCAGGUGAACAAAUACAGCAAAAAAUGUAAGUGGUUGCCACAGCAACACAACCCUCACAAGGCAAACUCCCCAUAGCACCUACAUUUUGAUCAGACUUUGUUUUGUGUUAUAAUCAGCAUGCUGAGUUCUGAAGAUUUGAGCUGUUCCCUGUUCAACCCUUGUGUUGAGACACUAAAACUACAAACAGAUGAAGGCAGGCAGAUGAAGCAUGAUGGCAAAACAUGGGAGUCAGAUCAUCUCCUGCCUCUCCCCGCCCUCCUCUCAUCCCCAGGAAGGGCUGGGCCAAACGGUAGGUGGUGCAGAAGAGAAGCCUGGAAGUGGGAUUUCCAAAUCUUUGGCUUUCUGACUCUUCACUGGACAAGCAUGGAGAAGAAAUACAUCCCAAAUAUAAACUUAGGCGUUACAGCAGUAGCAUCUCAAGGCUUUUCUCACUGAAUAAAGAUCCACGGAACAAAGCAGCACUCCAAUCAGAUGACUCAAAAGAGGAGAAAAAAAACCCCUUCUUAAUCUCCCGAUCCCACGUUCAACAACUGGAAUGAUGCGCCUCGUCCGAGGCAAAGGUCAAAGUUGAUUUCGAGACAUGGAGGUCCUUCUGUUUUUCAUCACAAACUUACUGGCAGAUGAAACUUGAUGUCAAUAUGGGGUCAAAUAUCCCAUAAAUGUUUUACUAGCUUGACUUCUGUCAGCAUGUCAAUACAGCAUAGAUGACUUUCCCUUCAAAGAGAGAAAACUGGGAACUGGUUUGGUGUCAUGAUGUAGCUGCUGGAUGUGACUUACAUGUGGCUUUUGAUCUAAAACAGGUUGACCAAAAUCAGUAUGGAAGGGAGGUCAUCUGCUUUGAUUUGGAUAUAUAAUAACACUACGGAGGAACUGAACACUUCAUUCAGAAACAGCACAACAAGUGAAAACUAUGAAAAAUACCAGUUUUACAUGAUUGGCCUCUUCUUAUCCUGCCUGUACACUAUCCUUCUCUUUCCAAUUGGAUUUAUUGGAAACAUCCUGAUUUUGGUGGUAAACCUGACCCACAGAGAGAAGAUGACCAUUCCUGAUCUCUACUUUGUGAAUUUGGCUGUGGCUGACCUCAUCCUGGUGGCAGAUUCCCUCAUUGAGGUUUUUAACCUAAAUGAAAAAUACUACGACUACGCCAUCCUCUGCACCUUCAUGUCCCUCUUCCUCCAGAUCAACAUGUACAGCAGUAUCUUCUUCCUAACUUGGAUGAGCUUUGACAGAUACAUCGCCUUGGCCAGCUCCAUGAGCAGCUGCCCAUUGAGAACUAUGCAGCAUGCCAAGUUGAGCUGUGGUCUCAUCUGGAUGGCCUCCAUCUUUGCCACCCUUCUACCUUUCACAAUAGUACAGACUCAACACAGGGGUGAGGUGCAUUUUUGCUUCGCCAAUGUCUUUGAGAUCCAGUGGCUGGAGGUGACCAUUGGCUUUUUGCUCCCCUUCUCCAUUAUCGGUCUAUGCUACUCCCUGAUUGUUCGAAUCCUCAUGAGAGCCCAGAAGCACCGUGGGUUGUGGCCCCGGCGGCAGAAAGCUCUGCGGAUGAUUGUGGUGGUGGUUCUGGUGUUCUUCAUCUGCUGGUUACCAGAAAAUGUCUUCAUUAGCAUCCAGCUGCUGCAGGGCACAGCCAACCCAUCGAAGAGGACUGCUACCACCCUGUGGCACGACUACCCGCUCACAGGCCACAUUGUUAACCUGGCGGCAUUCUCCAACAGUUGCCUCAACCCCAUUAUCUACAGCUUUCUCGGAGAAACCUUCAGGGACAAGUUGCGUCUCUUUGUCAAGCAGAAGGCCGGUUGGUCAGUAGUGAAUCGCUUUUGCCACCACAGCCUUGAUUUACACCUCUCUGUCAGGGACAAAGUUUCAGAAGUGUGAUUGAAAUAACUAGGACAGUUUUUAAAUAAACUUACUCCAUAACAUUUUUCAUAUUCCAGUCAGAUAGUUAUUCUCUUUGGGAGUUACUCAGCUUCAUCCUGUUGCGCCUUAGAUAAUUUGCUUGCUUUAUGAACAAAAAAACCCUCUCAAGUAGGAAUAAAAAGACAAGUUUGUGUGUAUUCUUAAGAGGAUAAGCUAUGAGUGUGUUGAAGUGUUUCUUUUUGACUUAAAGUUGUUUUCCUUUCAAGAAUUGCUGUGGCAAAGAUAAAGGGAACUGAUUCUAACAACAAAGAGGGAAGCUUUUGCUCAGGAUAAGUAAAAAUAAGGGGUUGUAUGUUGCUAUCCAACAUACAAACCUCCCUGAACAUGUCCUGUACCAUCACCUGUAAGAAAUCAGAGGCACUUUCAAGGCUAUCUCAUAGAGGAAAUGUUCCAUCACACUGAAUCUAAUCAGGUUAUCUAUUUGAGCUACUGGAGCUGGAAGGGUCAUUUCAAUUACCAAAACCACAUUUCCCUUCCAGUAUAUAAAGUAAAAAUGGCCUUUAGCAAGAAGCUUACACAUGUGUACCAUGAAUCCGUGAAUUAUGAGUAUGCAGCCUUACAAACGCAGAACAGUCAAAGACACAGCAAAUAUAAUCUGUAUUGUCUAUGCGUCUGUCUUAUACAAUAUUCUAACUCUGUUUUGUUGAGCAGAAUAUCAUCAUAUAGUCAAACUUUGCCUAGAUUAUUCCAAAUAAACGUUCACAUCCCUGAUUUGUUCCCACUUUUCGAGAAAUAUCUGCCUAAACACCUUAAAACAAUGUUUUGUAUGCUCUGUUGGUUAUCACCUUUAUUUUAUUACUAUUUAUAGAAAAUUUUAAUCACUGUCACGUUUUGAGAUGACGUAACCCUUGAUGCCCUUAAUAAAUUUUGACCGCAUUG